AUGCUACAGUACCCGGCAUUCAUGACCCACUACCCAUGGUCGACCCGGAUCAUUCCGACGUCGCAUUUGCUUCCACCCCAGUGGCCCCAACCCCAAAACGACGAGCUCCUUCUUGCUAUGGAAGAAUCCGAUUACGAAGACAAGUGUAAUGAAAUCAGAAAGGCAAAUUACAAUUUAAUCACGAUUGGGAAGACUACUCUUGAUAAUGAUAAAGAAGAUAUUGACAAUGAUGCAGAUGAUGACGAUCUUGACAAUGCGGAAGAGUCUGAUGGCGAUGAAUUUGAACAAGAAACUGGUUGA